AUGUUUGAUCAAAGUACCCAGAUGUGUCCCACCUCUCAGAGAGCUAAACAGUUGAGUGAGAGGGGAAAUUACACCAAUGGAAGCUGCAGGCGCUUGAGACGUGUUAUUUUGGCAUAUUUGGUUCUGUUUGAGAUGAGAAUGAAUUCAACUUGGAACAAACACGAUCUGCCCAGAUGUGAAAAAGAACAGCUCGAGAAGGUGCUAGAAGGCAAGUCUCCCUCUAUUUUCACAUUCAAAUGCAUUGAUCUACGAUCGUGUCCUCCAGGCCUCCAGAAGGAUGCUGACAUGUUGCAUCAAAACCAUGUCCAAGAGCAAAUUCCAUGGCUGUGGGGUCAUGCAGAUCGUCUCAAUUGUGGCUUCUGUCUGAUGGAGGAACUGAGCAUUAUGAAAAAAGAUAUGAACACUGUACGAGAAUCCAUUCGAUCUGCCCUACGCGCAAAUAUUAGGGGGCCAUACCUUCAAGGCACGAUAAGAUACAAUGCCAUUGACAUUGAAAUGCUCAAAAUAAUUCAAGAUGAAAUCCUUAUCGAGCAUGCCUGGAUCAAACAGAAUUAUGAAGAAAGCUGGCCUAUUCCAGCACUAAUCAAGACAGCGAUAGAGAAUGUAAAACAGUUCUUCGACAAAAGGCCAAACAAAAAGGUGAUCAAUACACUUGCUGGACCAAUGCUAAACAACUAUUCCGCUGUCCCAUGCAGAAAUGACCCCACCAAAUCAGAUGAAGAAUCGGAUGACAGCUGCACUAAAUUUGAUGGGGGCCACACUGAAUCAGAUGAUUACCAUGCUAAGGAUGUGGGAAACCAACCGAUUACUGGAAAAGUGCGAGGGAAAGAAUGCAAAAUUCCAUCAAGAAUCCGCUUGCAUCUCCCUUCAAAGAACAAAUACAUUGAUGAUGCUCUCACGGAUGAAGGCCAUCGUCGCAUAAGCCAUCACAGCAACAACAUUGAUGACAACAACAGCGAGGACAGCAAUGGCAGCAACAAUGACGAUAAUGGUCAACAAAGUACACAUAGUGGAGAUGAGACUGAGGACAUGCCUACAUCUAUCGCACUUCAAGCCAAAAUUUGCCAACUCUCAUUGUAG